AUGGCAUUCUCAGCAUCCAUCAAAAGGCAUUGGCUGCUGCUGGUUUCAACUAUCAUUUACAUGCUUCUUUUCACUUGUGAAGGAGAGACAGAUGACAAUUUUCCUGAUCCAGGUCAUGUCUUCAACAAAGCCCUCGAAUGUCUCAAUGAUAAAUAUAUAUAUAGCAGUUGUGACGAAGAACACAGGCUGACACAAAACGGGGAGCUAAACGUGCCACCGGAAUAUGCUGACGAAUAUUGCAACGGAGCGUGCCUGACGGAGACGUAUCUUGUGCUGGACUGCAUUGAUGAUGUCAUCAAAUACUUUGUGUUCUAUAACAAGGCUACUCUUAGAGAUGUAAGAGAAACAAUCAAGUGUGGUUGUAGCUAUGGUCCUAAAAGAGGUGACUUCAAUGUGGAAGAACACAUGCAAGCUGAUGAGGCUGCUGCAAAUAAUAAUGUGAUUAACCCUUUCUACUAUGCUUUUGUGCUUAUAAUAAUUGUGGGAUGGAAUAUAUUGUUCUAA